AGCUGGCUCUGCUCGGCUGAAUAUGGCAGUAAUCAGAAGUUCAGUUUAGACGCAAUUACUAAGGGCUUUUUCUAUUUAACCAAUCCAAGACAAGCAGCAGACAACUGGGAAAGUGAAGGGGAACCCUUUAGGUCUCGAUUGACCACGUAGCGGUUCCUAUAGGCAAGUCACGCCGUCGAAAAAUGCUGCCCAGUCCACUGGCGCUGCCAAAUUCUGCGACAAAAACAACAAAGAAGCGACGCCUGAAAUAGGAGCAGCGAAAAACAGAAAUAAUCAAUUAAAAUCGAAGCGGAAGCAAGUGUUUUCCGCGAAGCAUUGUAGACAUUGGAUAGUUUUUAAGGAUUCGGUUUGCAUCAAAGGACAAAACCAAAAGUUGCGUGAACAGCUGCAGCAGCUGUGUGGGCAGCGACGCGGCAGAGACGCCGGCAGAGGCUGCGCAGCAACAGCAAUAACAACAAGAUUUUCGGUCUUCUGUUUUCUUUCCAACAAUGGAAAUGCGAGAGGUCUUGAGUCGCGAGGGCAGAGAGGCGAAGAAUCUGCUAGUCUACCAGUUCUGCGAUGAGACAACCUCGAGUGGUGCAACCAGUGGAUCUGUGGGCGAUGGCGUUGGAGGAGGAGCAGGUGGUGAUGGAGGAGCAGCUGUUGGAUGCGGAGGCGUACUUUUAAACGGUGACUGCUAUCGGAAGCCACCCAUGGUGCCGCCGAAGUCGCCCAACGGUACGCCCAAAAACUGUCAAUCGCCCACUUCACCACGACUGAAAUCUGCUGCCAGUCUGGGAGGCGGCGGAGGCAGUAGCAGUGGACCACGCGUGCGCAGCGCCUCCACUGGAAGGGACAAAAAGUCUGAGCUGCAAGCCAGGUACUGGGCCUUGCUAUUCGGAAAUCUACAGAGAGCUGUUAAUGAGAUUUAUCAAACUGUGGAGUGCUAUGAAAACAUUUCCAGCUGCCAAGAGGCUAUCCUGGUGCUUGAGAACUAUGUGCGAGAUUUCAAAGCGUUAAGCGAAUGGUUCAAAGUAUCGUGGGACUAUGAAUCUCGACCACUCCAACAGCGUCCCCAAAGCCUGGCUUGGGAAGUGCGUAAAAGCAAUCCCACACCCAGAGUUCGGACUAAAAGUCUCUGCAGCCCCAAUAACUCGGGCAAAUCCAGUCCAGCCUUGUUUCCGGGUACUCAAUCCGGAAAAACCUCACCGUGCUGUGAUCAAGGACAGAUUUCGCCCAGGAAACUACUGCGUGCCUAUGACCAAGUGCCAAAGGGAGCAAUGCGACUAAAUGUUAGAGAACUUUUUGCGGCCAACAAGAGAGCUACUCAAGGAUCAUCACAAUCUGAUAACAUAGAGGGUCCUCUAGAUUUAAGUGGGGACAAAUCUAGUUUUGUGCAGCUGAAUACGCAGUAUUCCCAAACAGAUCUGGAGGAUCCACAUCUAACUCUAGCGGAUAUCAGGGAGAAAAUGCGCAAGGAGGCGGAGGAAAGAGAAGCUCAGAAUAGGAUUGAAAAGGAGGCUUUAGAAGAAGUGAACAUUCCAAUAGCCAAUGAAUACACAACUGAAAUCUUACACAAACAAGAGCCGUCGUUUUUCGAACAACCAAUUAUUAACGUAACGGAAUCUGAUUUAAUGCAAACAGCACCAGAGCGAACAGCUCUAGAGAUGACUGUGGCCUCUCUGGAGUCUAUGGAAAACGCCUUACUUAAUCAGCAGGCAAAUAAAGAGCCUACGCCGCCAAGCACUGUCGUUAAAGCACUGGCGGAAAUUUGUAAGAAACAACAACCAUUAAAUUCCAUAACAGGAAACAUUGUUCAAAACAGUCCCCUCAAGUAUUCUAGUGUGCUAAAUCGUCCCUCCAAGAAGAUGCUUCCAACACCUGGAGUAGUAGCAGCUCACAAGACCAUAGCAUCUAAACCGGGUCAUGUAAAAUCGAAUUUACCGCCUCCAGUCAAUGGUUUACGUCGCACAAAAACAGUUCCUCCUCCUAUAAAAACAACUAGUAGAAGUGGAUUACAGCUACAACCCAGGCCCUCUAGCAAAACCGAGUGCCAUGGUCCACCCAAUAAUGUGGCCUCUAGAUUGUCUGCACGCUCCCGAACCAUGUUGGAAAUAAAUGGGAGUAACAUCAGUUCAAGUGCUAGAACUCUACCGAAGAAAAGUAAUCCGGGUUCCAUUUUAAGCACUGCCAGAAGAACUAAUAUUAGUUCUAGGCUAAGUUCUAGGGAGGAUAUAACUAGUUCCACAUCCACUCUGAAAGCUAGCAAUGAACAACUUUCAAAUUCAAGAAACACUCUAAAAGAUUAUCAACAUUCCGAACCAAAACAGAUUCAACUUCCGACAGAUGCUAACGAUGGUUGGUUGACUGUGAAAAACCGAAGAAGGAGCAGUAUGCAUUGGGCAAACAGAUUCAAUCAGCCCACAGGCUAUGCUAGCUUGCCGACAUUGGCGUUGUUGAACGAGCAGCAAAAAGAGCAGGAACAUAAGGAAAAUCAGAAAGGUGAUGCAAUCGGCAAAACAAUAUCGGCUAAAACUAAAGCUCCAGUUGGAGAGGCAAAGGCCAAAGCGAAAACAUCAGUAACCAUCACCCGACCAGAAAUCAAAAACGCCAAGGCCAAGGUUAAUUCAUUCCCCGUUCAGAAAAGCUACACUAAUCAAGUGAAGAAACCAGAAAAGCAGGAAAAGUCCGAUACGCCGAUUGUUUGUUCAAGUAACACUCGGAGCAGCAGCAGCAGUAUUUGUAUUGGACGUAAUUCCAUUAUCAAACGACAGAAAUCUGAUCUUACAGGACUUAAAAUGACAUCCUUGCACAAGGAGUACAUGAGGAGUGAGAAGAAUGCGCUAAGAAAACUUCAACAAAAGGAGCAGGGCAACAGGCAACACAACAGCAGCUCCUCUUCCGCGGAAACCGUUGUGGAAUCUUGCAACGACGACCAUAGCAAGAUCGAUAUUAAGAUCCAAACCAACUGCGAGUUCUCCAAGACCAUAGGCGAACUCUACGAGAGCAUUGCCCACUGCAAGCUUCCAAGCGGAAGUCUUAAGCCCAAUGCUAGCAUCCUAAGUGCUUGUGACGAAAAUGAAGAGCAAAAUACUGAUGACAACGAGGAGGAGCGUAAUGAAAGGAUCUUAGGAGAGGUUCAGGAAUCUCUGGAGCGUCAGAUCAGGGAGUUGGAACAAACUGAGAUUGACGUAGAUACGGAAACAGAUGAAACUGAUUGUGAAGUUCAGCUGGAGGAGCAGGACGACGGAGUGGAUGGAUUGGAAAUGGGCAGCGGCGAUGAUUCUGCUGUUUUUGUGACCAUGAGCGAUGAUGAAAACGCCAGCUUGGAGUUAAGAUACCAAGCGUUGCUUUCUGACAUGUCCUGGAACGAAAGGGCUGAGGCUUUGGCCACCUUGCAGGCUUAUGUGGCCAGACAUCCUGGAAGAGCUCAAGAGUUGCACCAGAAGUUAUCAUCCCCCUCCAGACGUCGUUCCCUACAAGAAACUCUGAAGAAAUACCAAGCCAAACAGGCGAGAGCUCAGCAAAAGCGCAAUCUGCUCCAGCAGGAAAAGGCAGCUAAGUUACAGCAGCUAUUUUCAAGGGUGGAGGAUGUGAAAGCAGCUAAGAAUCAAAUUAUCGAAGACAAGCGUCAAAAAAUGCAAGGAAGACUUCAAAGGGCAGCUGAAAAUCGAGAACAAUAUCUGAAGCAAAUCAUUGAGAAGGCUCACGACGAGGAGAAGAAACUCAAGGAAAUUAAUUUCAUCAAGAACAUUGAAGCUCAAAAUAAGCGGCUGGAUCUCCUGGAAUCCUCAAAGGAAACAGAGGGAAGACUACAAGACUUAGAGCAGGAAAGGCAAAAGAGGGUGGAAGAAAAACUUGCCAAAGAAGCCGCUGUGGAAAGACGACGACAAGCCCUGGAAAAAGAACGUUUACUCAAGCUUGAGAAGAUGAAUGAAACGCGUCUAGAAAAGGAGCAGAGGAUUGGUAAGAUGCAGGAGCAGAAGGAGAAACAGCGACAGGCACUGGCGAGGGAAAAAGCCAGGGAUCGUGAGGAACGACUUCUGGCCUUACAAGUACAACAACAACAGACGACGGAAGAGCUUCAGCGGAAGAUCCUCCAAAAACAAAUGGAAUCCGCUCGUCGUCACGAGGAGAACAUCGAACACAUUCGGCAAAGGGCUCUGGAGCUGACCAUACCCACAAGACAGGCGGACGAGGGACGUGGCGAUCAGGACGAGUCCGAGGAUAUCUUAAAUGGAAAUGCCACGAGCACCACCAACGAGGAUUGCGAUUUAUCAUCUACUCUUUCCGAAGUGGGGGGCAAUCCCGGUCAUUCGAGGAGCUACAAGAAGAAGAUGAAGAAGCUUAAGCAAAGGAUGAGUCAGUGCGCUGCCGACUAUUUGGAAAGUUUGGAGCCCUUGCCCGCACACGUAAAAAGAGAUAGUACAGUUCCUAAGUUGCUAAAUCUGGUGGCCAAGGGUGGAGGUGCCCAGGGACUGGAAAGGAACCUAGGCAACCUGUUGCGUGUCAUACCCAAAGCUCAGACCUUCGAUUUCCAGGCUUUUCUCUGCAUGGACGGCUUGGGCAUUUUGACCAACCACGUAAUUAGCAAGGGCAUGGAGUAUAACUCUGAGAUCUCCAGAAAGUCCGUCAAUUUGGCCGUGCAGCUGUACAGGAAUGCCUGCUCCGUGUGUCCUCAGAUUGCUCGUCACGCUCUUCUGGGCAAUUCCAUAACCGUUCUGUUCGAUGCCAUCAACAAGAGUUUUCAGUUACCCGAAGAAAAAUCACCACAACAUCCGGUCGAGUUGUCCACGGAGCUAAUGCUGGCCUGCACGGAGGCGCUGUCCUCGAGUUACGUGAAAAAGAACACCCACCCAAAAGUUCCGGAACGCCUGCCGGACAUGAUAAACUUCGCUGUGAUUACGGGCCUGAUCGAAGUCCUUUCCCGACGCAUUCAGAAGGUGCGGGAGUCCAUCGAGGGCAACAAGAGUGUGAUGCUGGGUCUGCUGACCACCUUGGGCUUCCUGUCCCGCUUCAUUGAUGUUUGCCAGCCCGGUCCUGCCGAUCCGACACGUCUGCUGAGCGCAGCCAAGUCCACUGAGCUCUUUGGAACCGUUUCGAUGCUCUAUGGCUGCGUGAUGCCAAUGGGUGAAUGCAUUCCACCACGCACGACCGCCCUGGCGGCAUCGACUUUUCAUCUCUACGUGUCCCUGGCCUGCCUGGAUGUGAACACCUUCCAGGAGGCACUGACUGUGGAGGGUCCUUUGUCGCUGAAGCUGCUGGACGUGAUGACCCUCAUCCUGAACUGCAGUUUGGCCAAUGCCCAGUGGGCGAAGAACAGCGAGAGCACCCCAAUGCUGAUUGACCUUAUCGCUUCGCUGGCCUUCUUCUGCGUCAACAAUCGCAGGCACCAGGACCUGCUGAUAUCUGAGCAGUUUUCCGUGAUCUUCAAGAACCUGGCCAAGUUGCCCACCCAGUUCAACCCUGUAAUUUAUCCCUUUCUGGUCACGGUUUCCUUCAACAAUCCGCCUGCCAGGGAGUUUCUCAGCAAGGACUUCAAUUUGUCGUUCCUAGACGAGUACAGCAAAUCGGAGAUGGCACAAAAAAAUGUCGUCAUUAAACUGAUAAACAGCCGCACCAAAGACAAAAUCAGCACCGGUAAUAAACAAAAUGCGUAGAUAUAUGAUAUGUUUUAGGUCGGCAACCUAAUAUACAUGUAUAUAAAGAUUUGUAUCCCAUACAAUGAUCCUUCAAACUGAAGUCCCAACUUUCAAAGUGAUAUUAUUUUCAAAGAAAAUUAAAAAUCUGAAGGGCAAAACUACUUGAAACAUUCGUAAGCAGAUGAACAGCAGGAUAAUUGAAUAUCGAAUGCAGAAGCGGCACACAAAAUAUUUGUAAUAUUAUUUAUAUAACCAUAAACUUUAUCUUAAACUAGUUUACUUAACAAUCACUUCAUCUCACUUACUCUCACACAUUCGCUAAACACAUUCACAACAAGUCGAACUCGCAUAGAUUUUAUAUUAAUAUAUACACUUAGUACAUGUAUUGAUUGUAACUUAUGUUUAAUGCAAAGUAUUAACAUUAGUUUAGCGCUUCUAUCAAACUCACCCACAAGCACAGAAAAUUCUCAGUUAUCGAAUUAACCCAUGCUUUUAGCAUACACAACUUUCACCUACACAAAAAAAGAAAUGGGAGAAAGGCAAACAUAAAUAAAAUUACCUUAUGUAUUUUUAUAAAUAUCAACGUUUUGUGCAAAAACAUUACAAAUAAAGCAACGCAAAUGAAAUAAA